CAGCAGCGGCGGCAGCGAGCGCAGGUCUCCUCAGCUCCGCGCCAGGCCAGGCGGAGCCGGAAGCCGGCGAGGGCUGAGCCAGCGGCUGAGGGGAGGCAGGCGGCGACGGCAGCCGUAGUAGUGGCGGCUCCUCCAUGGCGCUGAACCUGAGCAAAAACGGGCCGGCGCUGCAGGAGGCCUACGGCCGGGUCGUGGCCUCGGCGAGUCCGACCGACUGGGCCCUGUUUACUUAUGAAGGUAACAGCAAUGACCUGAGAGUGGCUGGGACUGGAGAUGGUGGUCUGGAAGAAAUGGUGGAAGAACUCAACAGUGGGAAAGUGAUGUAUGCUUUCUGCAGGGUGAAAGACCCCAACUCCGGUUUGCCCAAAUAUGUACUUGUCAAUUGGACUGGUGAAGGCGUUAAUGAUGUGAGAAAGGGAGCCUGUGCCAACCAUGUCAGCACUGUAGCAAACUUCUUAAAGGGUGCUCAUGUGACAAUAAAUGCUCGAGCUGAAGAGGAUGUGGAACCCGAUGCUAUCAUGGAGAAAGUGGCCAAGGCUUCGGGGGCAAACUACAACUUUCACAAAGAAGGCAGCAGGUUUCUGGAUGCAGGUCCCCAAGCUCCAGUGGGAUCUGUCUACCAGAAAACAAAUGCCAUGUCCGAGAUCAAGAGAGUCAGUAAAGAUAAUUUCUGGGCCAAAGCAGAGAAAGAUGAGGAGAAUCGUCGGCUGGAGGAGAAAAGAAAAGCAGAAGAAGAGCGUCAGCGUCUAGAAAAAGAGCGCCGUGAACGCGAAUUGCAAGAAGCAGCUUUACGUGAGCGUAGAUUUAAGGAGCGAUCGAAUGAAAUUGAUGCUCAGAAGAAAUUCCAGCAACAACAGGAAACUGAGUCAAGGGAUAAAGAGAAGCAACAAUGGAGGGAGCAGGAAGAAGAUCACAAGUUGCAAAAGAGUUUUCGAAGGAGUGAGUCUGUGGAGAAAGCUCAGGAAGCAGCAUCACUGAUAGCGCAAAGAUCAGUGAAUCCCCGGGAACUCUUCAAACAAAGGGAGCGGUCCAUGUCCUCAGAAGCAGCGGCCAUCAAUUCUCAGCCAGGCAAGUUACGGAGCCCUUUUCUGCAGGAGAACACUCAAGCAGAAGCUCCGGUGUCCCCUGUCCGACCUGCUGUGCAAGAUGUUCACCCUCCUCCUGUUGUUCAUUCGUCUGUACAUAACACACCUCCAGUCUCUUCUGUUCCUGAACUUGGUGAUUCUGUCAGACAGGACAAUUACAAACCAGCUCCUCCUGUCUUCCAACCAGAGGUGGAACAAGACGCUGUUUAUGAGGAACCCCCUAGUGAACGAGUUAUCUAUGACGAGCCCCCUCAGGAACAGCCUGAAGACACUAAUUAUGACUAUGCUGAUAACUACCAACAGAACCUUAACCUAGAAGGAAAAGGUCUAUGUGCUCGAGCUCUAUAUGACUAUCAAGCUGCUGAUGACACAGAGAUCUCUUUCGACCCUGAGAACAUUAUCACCAACAUUGAGAUGAUUGAUGAGGGCUGGUGGCGUGGUUACGGCCCAGACGGACACUUCGGGAUGUUCCCUGCCAAUUACGUGGAGCUCAUUGAAUAACUGGCCUACGCUAGAGGAAGAAUGCAAGCAAUACCUGCAACGUAGAGCUCUAUCCAUUCCAAUUCUUCAAGGUGAAAUUGUAAGGCUCAUAAAAGUGAAGUGCCGUUGCUCUGCUCCUCUGUUGCUGGAGCAACAUCCACAGCUGCCUGGUGAAGCAGAACUCUUCCUUUUGCCUUCUUUUUUGUUUUCUGUAACUGGCAUUUACAGGUGAAAAUAGGAAAUCAGUCCUGGCAAUGAAUAACACUUCAGUUUUUUGAGGGGUGGGAAAUCUUUUGAGGAUAAAGGCAUUAGCAAAAAAAUUGAAAACCUCUCCAGAUAUACUCUCUGAACCUCAGUAUGGAGUAUUUAGAAGAUAGGAAGGGCUUAAUAAUAAGAAACAGCGUGGCUUAUAGUACUUUCUCAUUCCAUGUGUUGCAUCUUCCAAGGUAGCAUAAAGGAAGAUCUAGAAAAAUACCUAUGUGACUUAGUAUCCUGUUUGUUAAUUUAUCACUGAGAUUUGGUUGCAAUCUGCAGGCUGUUUAUUCCAAAUCACUUCUUUGGAGGAAAAUGGAUUGCAAGUUGUAGCUUUUGAGAGAUGCAAUCCGGAGCAAGCCCUGUAAAAAUGAAUGAGUUGUACAACAGCUCUCCAGUGCUCUUGUGGAGUUCCCUUGCGUUUCAGUAUAAUAAUCAGUCAGUGGAAGAAGAUUACACCCAUAGACUUCUCUACAGUUUGUGUGAGAAUGGAGUUUGUCUGGGUUUUAAAUUUUCAAGUGUUAGUGAAGGUUCUUUCAUUUUGAUUUCAAGCAAAAACCUCACAAUAUUGUUUCUUCAGAUACGACAUUGGAUAUAAAAGCCAUCAGUGCAGGCAAUAAACAAAUGCCCUGGAAGCUGAGUUACCUUUGAACUGUGGUGUACACUGAUACAACUAAUGCUGUAUGUGUGUGAAUGUGUGCGUGGGGUGUGUUGAGUGAUUCAGUUACUGUAGGAGGACCUUGAUUUCUGUAUUAUCUUUUCUGGAUUUUAAAUGCUUUUAUAACAUUGAGAUAAGAUUGAGAUGCCCUCUCCCCAGUAAUUAAGCAAAAUAGAAUAUAAAUAAAACAUCUGGCAGUUGAACAUAGGAAUUAUGUCUGUCUGUGUGGACACUUUGUGUCACUCUGACAUCCACUAAUCAUGUUAACCUAGUAAAGGCAUUUGUGGUGCACAUGUUGAUUCAAAUCCUAUAUUUUACAUAGGUUCUGUCAAACUCUCCAACUAGUACCUCUUCAUAGUGAACUAAUUACAGGUGUAGUUUGCAAUUUUAAAUUAGCUAAUAUUUUUAACAUUCCUUUUGUUUGUCUCUCUGAAGGAAACUUGGAUGAGAUUCUCAAGAAACAUUCAAAACAUUUCCUGUGUGGAUUCUUGGAAUAGGGAAAUGGAUUUUUGUAAAGGAGAAUCUUGCAGUUUGCUAGGCCAAAUAAAUGUCUUGCCAGGUUGAAUUACAUUGUCCUUUGCCUUAUGCAUGAUGUGGUUAUUAUUAUUAUGGAAAUAAGAGCCUCUAGCAUAGCUCUUUGAUAAUCUCAUCCAAAUAGUUUUCCUUUGAUGGCAUAUAAAAAAUGAUGUUUUUAUAAGAUAGUGAUCCAUUUUCAGAACCCGACUGCUUCAUUACUACACAUUCCCCUUCUUUCCUAGUCUGAGAACCUAAACCUGAAGUGUUCAUUCUGUUUCUAAGUCCGGUUGCUGUGUUAUCCUUUUACUCCCACUUCAGUGAUCUCCGAAUGUACUGUGAAUCUUUAAAUGCACUUUCCAUGCUAACCCACAAUAUAAUUAAAAAUCAAUCUGGGACCCCCUCUCCCAUGAAUGGAUUUUAUCUUGUGUAGUGUUUUGCUUUGUGUUCAAAUUCAUCUUUCCUUUCAGGAACAACAAAAGAGUUUCUGCUCAGAGAUAGCUGUAGCAGGCCAGCACCAGCUGUGUAGGGAUUCUUGAGUGUUCGUUUUUAUUAGACUUGUCAACCAUCAUGCAGAAUCAUUGCUGUUUACUCCAUCUCCUGCUUUUGUUCAAACCUACUUUUUGUCAGCCUUUUUCAAUCCACAGAAAUUUGGGGUGGAAAAAAGCUUGUAUUGGGAUGAUCCGGAUAAUUAAAAAAAAAAUAAAGUGAUUAAAGUAA